CUCAUCUACAUCAUAAAUGGAUUCUCCUGAAAUUAUAUCGUCCAGUAAUUCUCACACAGCUGAAGAUUCGAACGACUUAGGAAAUGCCGACAGUAUCAACAAGCUCUCGAGCGAUCAUAUUUCGGAGUUGCAGCAGCAAGUGAUUGCCAAUUUUCAAAAACCAAACUUGCCCAAUGUAAAUGUUCCGGAGAGGAUCAUUAUAUGCCUCGACGUUUGCUACGAUGACAACAACUCCCUCUACCGGCUGGGUGACGGCACCACCUUCUCGCCGAUCAACAUGAUGAAGCGGAUUCUAGACUUCUUUUUACAUUCUAAGCAUGCCAUCAACAAACGAACUGAAUUUGCACUGUUGAUUAUGAAAGACAGUGAACCACUUUGGGUGCAAAACUUUACAAACAAUUUAAAAGACAUUUUUAAUGCAGUUGAUUAUAUAAACGCUGAGGGAUGUACAUCUGAAACAUUUGAUUUUAAGAAGGUAUUUCAAAUCAUUAAGCAGAAAGUGGAAAUACCAGAGUAUAAGCAAGAAGAGUGCAUUUUACCGCCACCAUUUGUGGUUCGCAUGCUAGUUUUGUAUGGGAGAUCCUACUGCAUACCACUCAUACCUCAAGACGAUCCGUAUUUCAUAUUCCUCAAAAAGCAAUUUUAUUUCUACAUAGACAUUUUGCUAGCACAUGAAGAAGAUUGCAGGGAGAACAAAUGUGAAGAGAUAUAUGAUGCGCUUCAGGACUUGGAUAAUGGUUAUUCAUAUGUGUAUGAGGUAUCGAGGAAUGCGACCAAGAUCCAUGACUGCAUAGCCAAGCUGCUGGCACACCCGCUCCAGAGACCGCUGCAGCGGCUGGCCAACUACACUUUUGGAGUUAGGCAAUAAACUAUAAGAAAGAUGA